CGAGAGUAGAAAGGCGCUCAAGCUUGCGUACGAUUCUCGGCUGUUCUCUUCGUUCUCGUUUUUCGCGUGUCUGACGUGUAGAGUCAAAAACCCAUUUUCUAUUGAUUGCACAGUUGAAUUUUUCGAAUUCCCGAGCAUCCUGACAUCUCACAAAAUGUCGUUGUUCGGAUCAUUCAUGGGCGAUGACGAUCUUUUUAACAUCUUUGGGUCGUCCAUGCAUACUAUGAGGCAAAUGAACUCUAUGAUGAACUCUAUGUUCUCUGAUCCAUUCGAGAUGAUGGGACAAAAUGCACUUGUGCCACGUUAUGGUAGAGGAUUUAAUGAUAUGCCAGUUUCCCUCUUUGAUCCUCAUUUUGGAAGAUCAUUUGAUUUUAACAACAUGGCAAGUAAUGGAAACUGUCAUUCAUUCAUGAGCCAAUCAGUAAUGACUAUGUCCAGUGGUCCUGAUGGUCGGCCACAAGUUUAUCAGGAGACUAUGUCUACAAGAAUGGCACCUGGUGGCAUAAAAGAGACCAAAAAAACAGUAAGCGAUUCUCGUACUGGAACCAGAAAAAUGGCUAUUGGUCAUCACAUUGGUGAGAGGGCACAUAUCCUCGAAAGAGAGCGAAAUGUGCAAGGCGAUGAAGAAGAACGACAGGAGUUUAUUAAUCUUGAUGAAGAAGAAGCAGACAGUUUCAAUCGCGAGUGGGAAACACGUACGCGUCGUGUUGCUGGUGCAAUUGGUGAUACAAAUUUGGCUAGUAAUGUCAGGGCUAAUCAUCCAUCUCCGAGACAGUUAGCUUUACCAUCUGCCACGGAUGUACCAACAAGUCGACAUUCUAAUAGAAGAUGGUUUCCUUCUGCUAGACGUGCUGUAAGGUCCUUAAAUCCUUUGAAAGUAAAAAGUACACCUUCCUCUUCAAGCUUCAAGUCUUCAGAACCCGCAACGUCUUCAAAAACCGAAGCGUCAUCGACGUCACCGUAUACAUCAGGAUCUCGAAAACGCGAACAUAAGCCAGAUAGACAAGUUAGUAAUAAGCGUCACGCUGCUCCUGCUAGUGACAACUAGAAUAUCUCCAAUUAUUAUCCGUAAAUGUACUUUACUGAACUUUACUCUAUACCUAGUACGGAACCUCAUAUAACGAGGUUUACUUUAAACAAUCUAGAAAUAUAUUUUCUUUCAUAACGUUGAUGUUUCAAAAAAAGUUUGCAAUUAUUUUUUCUAAAAAUUAUCUUGUUCACUUACAAGAAGUAUUAUUAUUGAUAUAGCUAUGUAAACUAAGUGCUCAGCGAAGUUCAGAGUAACGUUCUUUCUUUUCUUUUGUAUACGAAUAUUUAUUUAAAUAGAUCAAUAGAAUCUCAGUUAUGUGUUGAAAACACGAAGGAAAUAAAUAGAUAAAAGAAGCAUUUAAGAUGUAGCUCAGAUUUUACCAUUAAUUAAAGAUGUCUACUAAA